UGGCACAAUUUGAGUCCCUCUCACCUCUUAUGGUGUAUUUCAUCUAUUGGGUCACCAAACUUUCAAUUUAAACAGCUUUACAUAUAUAUUAAAAUGUACCCUUUAAUACAGUGUAAAAAAAUUGAACUAAUUUUUAUCUUUUUAUGGUAAAUAAUACAGUUUUUUCAUUUGACACCACCUGUUUUGUCAUGUCCCUCAUGGCCUUGAUGAAAGUUUACUUUGAAAAUACCAAAUAAAACUUUUUAAAAAGUCAAUAAAUUUUGAUAUCAACCUAAACAUCUAUUUGUGCUCUUUUGUUGUUAAUAUUUCUUUUUUUCAAAUUUAAUUGUUAAUUAUUCAUUAAAAUCACAAUUAUUCCUGUACCUGACUAACCCCUCAACCCCGUUACACAAAUGAUCCCACCCCCAUAAAUACAAUGGUGUGAUCCAGAAUUCCAUAUACAUCAGGAAGUGACAUCACUGAAGUCUUUUGGACAACAGGACCACAGAGACAGGCAAGUUGCUCCCAUCUUUUCCUUUAUUUUAGUCAUUUAUCUUGUGAUAUUGUGGUCGUCAACCUCAAUGACUCAACACCGUAACAUGAAAAAAAGAUAGAAAACUAUUACUUAUGAAAAAGUUUUUUGUUAGUUCAUGAAUAUAUGGUGAUUUUGAAUUUCAUGGAUGCCAUGUGCUCUCUGUCUGGUAUUCACUACAUUAAGCAGCGGCCAGUUUGUGCAAAAAUCUCAACCCCGUCACACUCAACCCUGUUAUGUUUUUGAUUGUAACGGGGUUGUGAGAUUGUGAUGGGGUUGAGAUUUUAAUACUUUGGUUGUUAAGUUAUCCAAUUAUUUAAAUUAAUUAUUAUUAUAUUCAGUAAACAUUCUUAUACUGCAUGCAUGCUGAAUGUGAUUUAUGUUCCAUGUUAAGGAUGCAAGUAAGAUGGCACCAACAACAGCAGCAGAAAGGCAAAGGAAGUAUCGUGAACGCCUUAAAGCUGAUCCUGAAAGAAGGGAGAGAUAUCUGCAGACUGAGCGUGAGAGAUGGAGAAAGAAUGUAGAGGCAGGGAAGAAGAAAGCAAUUAAUGAACUGAGUAAAAGAGAACAGCGUAAGAAAAGAAAAAUGUGGAGAGCAGCUUACCAUAGGAGCAAGGAGAGGAAAGAAGUGCUCAAGAACUUGAGCACUCCUCCACAGAGUCCUGAUCAGGGAGAUCACCCAGAGCAGCCUUCACAGCCAAGAUCUUCAAGGCAACGUCUGGUGGCUCGGAAAAAGUACAGAACAGAAAAAAAUAAGCUCAAGAGGCAAAUAGCGGAACUCCAGGAAAAACUUGAAAAAGAAAGGAAAAGCAAAGAAAAAUACAAAAAAAGGUGCCAACGUUCAAAGAAAUUUUCGGAUUCCCCACAGUCGAAAAUAACACGACUCACUUCACAUUGCCCCGUUAACCCCCAAAUAAAAAAAACCUUACUUUUCCAUGAAUCACUCAUUGAAGAUAUUAGGAAUAAAUACAAAAAAGCCACCAAGGACAGAGAAAGGCAGCUGAUUGCCAAAGUCGCGACAGGGAGAAUUAUAAAAAAAUACAGGUUGCAAAAGUUUGCAAGUGACUCCCUCGGAUUUUCAAACAAGAAUUUUAGACAUCAUGACAGUCUUCAUUUUGAAAGAAAGAGGACCAGCAGGUUCACUGAAGACUUCAAAAAAAGAAUCAAGGCAUUCUAUCUCAUGGAUGAUGUGAGUAGAAUGACCACAGGAACCAAACAAACACUCACAAAGAACAAAUUAAAAAUGCAGAAGAGGUUCCUGAUGGACACAAUGGAAAAUAUCCACAGAAGAUUUUUGGCAGAAAACCCAGACCAGAUGAUAUCCUAUUCCCUUUUCUGUCAUCUUCGCCCCUUUUGGGUUGUGAAUCCAACACUCUCUGAACGUGACACAUGCAUGUGUAAGUUGCAUGAAAAUCUCAGCUUUCUGGCAGUGAAGCUCCGUCAUUUGAAACUCAUUGAGACUGCCAACAUUGAAGAGUUGAUAGAAAAGGUUUGCUGCAACUCAUCCAGCAAGAGUUGCAUGUAUGGAGAGUGUGUCCAUUGCAAGGACAAAACCGUCCACAUCACAAGUGCAUACAACAGCACCGCAACCACAUCAUUUACCCAGUGGGUAACAGAGGAGAAGGAGAUAGACAAAAAGGGAGAAAAGGCAACUGUCAAGGUGACAGUCAAAAAACCUGUGGAGGGCACACAAGAGGACCUCAUUGAGCUCUUCCAGAGCUUUGUAAAGAAAUUUAAAAUGCAUCACUUUAAUAUCAAACAGCAGUAUGCCUUCUGCCGUGAGCUGAAGAACAACAUGUCAGGGGAGGAGGCUUUGAUACAUGUUGACUUCUCAGAAAACUACAGUUGUAAAUACAGUUCUCAAGUUCAGGUGGUCCACUUUGGGGCUUCACAUCAGCAAGCCACCCUUCAUACUGGUGUGUUGUAUGUUGGUGGACUCUCAGAGCCUGUGUGCUUUAGCACCAUCUCCCCCAGUAGACAUAAAGGCCCUCCAGCAGUAUGGCAGCACCUAAAUCCUGUGUUAGAUUACCUUCAAGGCCAACAUCCAGAAGUGUCUGUGCUGCACUUUUUAAGCGACGGACCCUGUACGCAAUACAAACAACGAGGAAACUUCUACCUUUUCACUACAGAACUGGACAGAAGAGGAUUCAAGGCUGGUUCUUGGAAUUUUUUCGAGGCUAGUCAUGGAAAAGGAGCACCAGAUGGUGUCGGGGGAGCCUUAAAAAGAGCAGCUGACAUGAUGGUAGCAAAGGGGCAUGACAUCCCAGAUGCAGAAGAGUUAUUCAGGGCCUUGUCUGAAACAAACACAAGUGUGAAACUGUUCUUUGUGAAACGUGAAGAUGUUGAGGAAGCUAUGGAGAAAAUGCCGAAGCAGAUACCAGCUGUUCCUGGAACCAUGAGAAUUCACCAGGUCGUUACUGUAGCUCCAAGAGAACUGAUGGUUCGUGAUGUAAGCUGCAUGUGCACAACACGGAAGCAGUUUAACUGCAAGUGCUUCAACACCCAGUGUUUCACUUUUGGCCAGACGAAAUCUGUAUCACAGACAGGCAGUGGGGGAAAUCCAGAAAAAGAAAUCCAGUGGGAAAGUCCAGAGCUGAUUGGUAAAUGGUGUAUUCUCAGAUAUGAUGAUGAUUUGUAUCCAGGCAUCAUUCUAAACAUACAAACAACACAAGUCCAGGUCAAAUGCAUGCAUCGUGUUGGGUCAAACCGAUUCUUCUGGCCGCAUCAGGAUGAUAUAUUCUGGUACCUGUUUGAUGAUGUCCUUGAACUCAUUCCACCCCCACAGGCUGUGACAAGGCGCCAUGUGGAAGUCUUGAAAGAGGUGUGGAACCGACUCACAAGAUGA